AUGAGGCCUUUGAUCCUCCAACCAAGAAGAGAAGAAGCAAAAGGGAAAGGGACCAAUGCAGUGUUGAAACAUGUUCUAGAUACCAUAAACAAUCUAAUUUCGUUAUCGAAUGCCACUAAUCUUGAACGUCUAGCACUCAAUGCAAAUGCAUUUACUGGAAAUGUGCCGACUUUUGAUCGGUUACAAAAAUUGAGAGGCUUCGCCAUUAACGUUAAUAAUCUUGGAAACGGGAAAUUAGACGACCUAAACUUUGUAUCUUCUUUGGCCAAUUGUACAAAGUUAAUACGUUUGGGUUUCGGUGCCAACAGUCUUGGAGGAGUCUUGCCAAAAUCAUUGUUUAAUUUUACUCAGCUUAUAGAUCUCACAGUAGGAGGAAAUUUGAUUUCUGGAAUCAUCCCCUCAGAGAUUGGGCAACUAGUUAACAUCAGGAGAUUGUUUCUAUUCUCCAACCAGUUUACUGGAAGAAUUCCAGAUUCAAUUGGGAACCUCAAAAACGUCGGAGUAAUUUCUCUCAGACGAAACUUGUUAUCAGGUUAUAUGCCAUCGACAUUUGGAAAUCUCACGCAAUUAAGCAGGCUCUAUUUAGACCAUAACAAACUAGAGGGUCCUCUACCAUCUAGUUUAUCAAAGUGUAGGGGGUUGCAGCUUUUGGAUCUUUGUAAUAAUAAUUUCAGUGGUUACGUACCCAAGGGGAUUUUCAGUCUAUCUUCCUUGUCAAUAUACCUGGAUCUUUCUGAUAACCAUUUUGUUGGUUCUCUUCCUCCAGAAGCAGGCAGCUUGAAGAAUUUAGGGUCUUUUGAUGUUUCAAACAACAUGAUGUCUGGGGUAAUUCCAGCUAGCCUUGGAGGUUGCACAAGUUUGGUUGUAUUAUCCAUUUCAGGAAACACCAUUCAAGGAGAAAUCCCAGAGUCAUUUCGAUCGUUGAGAGGACUAGAAAUUCUAGAUCUUUCCGACAACAACUUAACAGGGAAGAUCCCUGAAUUCCUGGGAGAUUUUUUGUUUUUCAAAGAUUUAAAUUUAUCUUUCAAUGGUUUUGUGGGAAAAUUACCAGAACUGGGAGCUUUCAAAAAUUUAAGCAUAGUUUGCGUUGAUGGAAAUACUAAGCUUUGUGGUGGUUUCCAAGGAUUUCAAUUACCUAAGUGUUCCAUUGAAGAAUCAAGAAAAAACCGAAUUCUUCUUUUCUUGAUAAUCAUGGUGCCAAUACUUACCGUGAUUUUUUGUCGAAAUCUCAUAGAACUUGAUUUGAGCGGGAACAGUUUCAUAGGAGUUAUUCCAGUUGAGUUUGAAUCAUUGACCAAGCUUCUAUACAUAAACCUCCAUUCCAAUGAUCUAACAGGAGAAAUACCAAAGUUUAUUGGAAACUUCACUUCCCUUAUGUUUAUUUCUGGGUUGGGAAAUAAUUUCCAUGGAAGCAUUCCAGAUACUCUUGGCCAGUUGUCCGAUUUGUGGUUUUUUGGGUUCGCAAUGAAUAAUCUUUCAGGCAUUCUACCUCCGUCAUUUUUCAAUCUAUCAUCCUUGACGAACAUAGAUUUGCCUGACAAUCAGAUUGGCGGGAAUCUGCCAUCAGAUAUCGCACAAAAAUUUCCCGGGCUUAUAUUUCUUAACCUUCCGAUAAACAAAAUUUCGGGAAAUAUUCCAAUUUCGUUAUCGAAUGCCUCUAAUCUUGAAGUCCUAGCACUCAAUGAAAAUGCAUUUACUGGAAGUGUGCCGAACUUUGAUAGGCUACAAAGAUUGACACAUUUUGCUGUCAACAUUAAUCAACUCGGGAAUGGGAAAUCUGAUAACCUAAACUUUGUAUCUUCUUUGGCCAACUGCACUAACUUAAGAGGAUUAGGUUUUGGUGCCAACAAUCUUGGAGGAGUCUUACCGAAAUCAUUGUUUAAUUUUACUCUACUUACCGAUCUCACAGUAGGUGGAAAUUUGAUUUCGGGUGAUAUCCCCUCCGAGAUUGGGCAACUGGUUAACAUGAGAAGAUUGUUUCUAUUCUCCAACCAGUUCAUCGGUAGAAUUCCGGAGUCAAUUGGGAAACUCAAAAAUGUCGGAAUAAUUUCUCUAAGUCGAAACUUAUUAUCUGGUUAUAUACCAUCGUCAUUUGGAAAUCUCACGCUAUUGAGCAGACUCUAUUUACAACGUAACAAACUAGAGGGUCCUAUACCAUCUAGUUUAUCAAACUGUAGGGGGUUGCAGCUGUUGGAUCUUUCUAAAAAUAAUCUCAGUGGUAACAUACCCAAGGGGAUUUUCAGUCUAUCUUCCUUGACAAUAUCCCUACGCCUUUCUGAUAAUCAUUUUGUGGGUUCUCUUCCUUUGGAAGUAGGCAACUUGCGAAAUUUGGUUUCCUUUGAUGUUUCAAACAACAUGAUGUCUGGGGUGAUUCCAGCUAAUCUUGGAGCUUGCACAAGUUUGGUUGUGUUAUCCAUUGCAGGAAACACCAUUCAUGGAGAAAUCCCAGAGUCAUUCCGCUCCUUGAGAGGACUAGAAAUUCUAGAUCUUUCUCGCAACAAUUUAACAGGGAAAAUCCCAGAGUUUCUGGGAGAUUUUGUGUUUUUCAAAAGUUUAAAUUUGUCUUUAAAUGGUUUUGUGGGAAAGGUACCAGAAAUCGGAGCGUUCAAAAAUUUAAGCAUAGUUUCCAUUGAUGGAAAUAGUAAGCUUUGCGGUGGUUUCCAAGGAUUUCGGUUGCCUAAGUGUUCCAGUGAAGGAUUAUCAAGGAAAAAACGAAUUCCUCUUUCCUUGAUAAUCGUUGUACCAAUACUUACCGUGAUUUCUGUAACUCUUAUUGUGAUCUUCUGUUUGGUGUACAAAUCAAGAUAUAAUAAGAAGGAACAAUCGGAUAUGUUGCUCCUGAACACGGAAUGGGUAGCCAGAUGUCAAUAUAUGGCGAUAUCUAUAGCUUAGGAAUUCUCAUACUGGAGUCAUUUACGGGCAAACGUCCUACUCACAACAUGUUCAGUAGCAGUUUGAAUCUUCAUGAUUUCGUAAAAAUGGCUAUACCACACCAAGUUAUGGAGAUAACUGAUCCUCUCCUUUUGGAAACCAAGCAAGAGAAAAAUAUAAAUAAAGAUACAGAAGACUGCAAAAGGUAUGGGAUAAUGGAGGAGUGCCUGACUUCAGUCUAUCGAAUUGGGAUUACUUGCUCCAUGGAAUUGCCAAGAGACCGGCUACACAUCAACAAAGUCAUUGAGCAACUGCAGUAUGCAAAAGAAACUUUUCUUCACAGAAUUGGUGAACCUAUCAGAAAAUAAUCAAAGACGUUGAAGGUGAAGAAUUGUACUAAUGAAGGUGAAGAAUUGUGAUUUUUAUCCAAUGUUAACUCAUGAACCGGAUGCUGAGAAGCUGGAACAUAGGGACUCGAAUGGAAAAAUGUAUGUAUUUCUAUUGAUAUGCACUCAAGUGAAAUAAGAGUUGUGUAAAAAGUUUCAAACACAUAAAUUUUUGGUGAAAUGUAAACAUCCAU